AUGUCCACCGGCUCCGCCGCGAGUGACGCCGAGGACGAGGAGACGUGCCACGGGGGGAGAGGGAGGGACGCCUGCUACCAUCCCAGCCGGUUUUCGGACGGGGAGCCGGAGGAGGACGGCGGGGAGGGGAGGGUCAAGCAGGAGCGCAGACUCUCCAGGGCGCAGCGGCGGGACGCGCGCCAGUCCCAGAGGAGCGCGGCCAACGCGCGCGAGAGGGCGAGGAUGCGGGUGCUGAGCAAGGCGUUCUCCAGGCUGAAGACCAGCCUGCCCUGGGUGCCCGCAGACACCAAACUGUCCAAACUGGACACGCUGCGGCUCGCCUCCAGCUACAUCUCUCACCUCAGGCAGCUCCUGCAGGACGACCGCUUCGAAAACAGCUUCGCGCACCCAGUCGGUCUGACUUGGCCGUUUAUGAUGGCGGGGAGGUCAGAGGAAGACUUCACAUCCGCUGCGAGACUCUGUGGGACCACAGCAUAGCCCACAUGUCUUCAUGAAGCAGCUUCUGCUGCACUGCUGGACUCUGAAGAG